GCAGGUGACAGAAGAAGGCAAACGUGGCGGCCGCGCGACAGCUACCUGCAUUUUUAAAUACUAAAUAUCCUACGUUACAUGAGGAAACUUUUUGAGGAUGUACACGAGCUUCCUUUUUUCGGCUGUGUCGGUAUUUUGAGCUUUCUUAAGCAACAUUUUGUGCUGUGCAGAAAGGAAGAGUUGAAGAGAGAAGAUUACAACAUGCGAAUGUGCCAAUAGCGUAGAAGAGAGAAGCUACAUGAACUCACUGAGCCAGUACAACACAUACAUUUGUGCAUGCACAUAAACGUGUCCACAUGUUUGCAUCCAGGGCGGUUCACAGUUCAGUUAACGGGACCACAGCCAUCCCGUGGAGGAGCAGCAGGAGGAGACUGUCGCUCCUGGAGCAGCUGCGGGGCUGUGAGGAGGCCUGGUGCCCCGGGGCACCCUGGGAUAGAGAGGGGGCCCACGCUGCAAUCUGUGGAACACCUGCUGGGAGUUUCCUGGUUGUUCGCGACUCUGCGACGUCUCAGCCCGGCCUGCUGUGUGUGUCCGCUGGAGGAGACGAUGAAGCAGUUCUUGACUAUGUCAUCAAAAGCACAGACACAGUCUUCCAACUGUCUGAGUCUCGUCUGUCUUUCUCUGACUUGGCUCAGCUCGUGCUCUUCUACUCUCUGACCAGGGACGUGUUGGCGGUUUGUCUUUCCAUUCCCCGCUGGAUCUACAGUGUAACUGAGAAGAACAAAGAUCGCCUCUCACAGCUGGAACCCAAAACCUGGCUCUGCACACCACCUGACCAACAGACUGAUGAAAUGACCCACAGGGAGCCAACCACUGUAAUGUGCUCCAUACAGCUGACUUCCACCAACGGGGCCCUGUGUAUCAUCAACCCCCUCUACCUCCACGAACAUGGAGAUGACUGGCUGACCCACAGGACGACCUCUGCACAGCGCGCCGUGCAGCCAUCAAAUUACAGACGAGAGCGACGCCUCAGCACCACCAGAACGUGGGCAGGGGCAGGGCUCCAGAAUAAACGAGCCAUCUCGUUGGACCAGGAACCCUCUGCUGCACAUGUGGAGAGUUCUGGUCUAAUAAGAGCGAAGUCCGCUGAUUCACCACACUGCCCCCAAACCCCGUCAACGCCAGAUGCCCCAGCAGGAGUGGUUCUCAGGAGGCCCAGCAGAGAUGCUGCCUCCAGCCCGUCUUACAGAGGGAGCACGGGAAGCCUUCCUCCAUCUACUCCCUCUACCCCUGGAAGUGGAAAUAGCACAGUGUUCGAGCUGCAGCAGCAUGGCAGCCCCGUGCCUCAGUCUCCUCACAGGGUGUCCUGGAUCGAAGAUGGGGUCUGGCUGCCCCCGCCAAGGCCUUCCUCUUUUCUCCAGCCGCCGUCGCUGGAGCUCGACUCGCUGUCAAUCAGCAGUAUAGAGGAAGAGCAGGAGUCCCAGACGCCAAGCCCCACCCCUCACCACCCGUCUACGCACCGGCUGGCUGACAAGGUCAUACAUCGGCUCUCAGCGGUGGGUCAGGCGCUCGGCGGGUUGGUGUGUCAGAAGAAGAGACUGACCAAUCGUGUGCAGGAGAUGAGCGAGAGGAAAGGUGGGGCGUUUGCAGAGGCUGUGAAAGGAUUUGUGGAGAUGACGGUGAGGAGUGGGGCUGAUCCUGGCGGGGUCACAGGGUCAGAGUUCUUACAGGAAGUGAGGUCAUCGCUCACAUCACUGCGGGAGACACUGUUGGACUGUCAAGAAAUCCAGACAUUGUUGGACAGCAUUACUGACUUAAAUGACUCAGAGAUCGACUCCUUGGUAGAACUUUCCAUCCACAAGGUGGCUCUGAAGCCCAUCUCUGCACACCUUUACUCCUGCAUCCAUACCUCCCGGACCGAUGACGGCAGCUUCAAGCGUCUCCAGAACAACCUGCGUGUGCUGGAAAAGAAGGGGAUGGAGGAGCUAGGCGGAUCGGCUGGAGUUGGAGUUCCUGACUCCAUCACCCUGGAGCGGAUCCAGCAGAGGUGGACUAGUGUGCAUGCGGCCUAUUCCCCGAACAAGAAGGUCCAGAUCCUGCUCAAAGUCUGCAAGACCAUCUACCACAGCAUGAGUGCUAAUGCUAGCUCAGGUACAGUGUUUGGAGCAGAUGAUUUCCUGCCCUGCCUGACGUGGGUGCUGCUCCGUAGUGACGUGGUCACCUUGCAGCUGGACACAGACUACAUGAUGGAGCUACUGGACCCCACACAGCUACAGGGAGAGGGUGGCUACUACCUUACAACUCUAUACGCCUCUCUUUACUACAUCAGCAGCUUCCAGCCACGACUGGCAGCCCGUCAGCUCAGUGUCGAAGCCCAAAAAUCUCUUAACCAAUGGCAUCGCAGGCGUACCCUGCACUGCAACCAAUCACGCCGCAGCAAGCAUCGACGGACCAUUCGCAGGCAGGGUUGUCGAGAGAAGAUCGUGCAGAGCUCUGAGACAGGAGCCGGAGGUGAAGGGACCAGCGGGAAAGAAUCGGACUCGGUUAAUAUUGAUGAGCAGCAGACAGAAAGCACCACAGAGGCUCUGCAGCAGGAGGAGACAAGUAGAGGACGAGGAGCUGAGGACGAGUCACAGAUGUCCACUCCUGCAUCAGACUGUACUCAACAAGAUGUAAUAAGGAGCAAACAAGAAGCGGGAGAAGAGGACCAUAGAGGAUUGUAACGGAGAGGAGAAGAAUGGACCUGAGAAGCUAAGAAUAGCAACCUGCCAGCCAUGCAUUCUUUGACCAUUUAGACAAUGUCUGACCAUAGACUGUAUAAAACAUAGUCUCUUUGACGUCACCCAUAGGUUCCUGAAGAGCCAUAGUGAAGCUCAGAGACGGUGGCUCCGGCCGUCACUAUCACAGCUAAACUCCUGGCUAAUCCAAAAAUAGGCGAAGAGGUGGAGUGUGCGUAGAGCUGAGGUGGGCCGAAUGAAGCCUGGCUUCUGAAACCAACCAGCUACCUGUCACUCAUAGUGACCGUGACCAUAAUUAUGCAUAACUUUAAGCAUUAAUGUAACUUAGACAAAAAAGUUGAAAAAAAAAAGUAAAAUUUCACCACCAUGCAGAUGUCAUCAAUGGGGAAAUUAGCGAGAGAGACCAAAAGCGUUUUUUGUACCAGGCCGUAAACAUUUUUAUUUCUGCUGUAAAGUUGGGCAUGGAGGUCAAUGGGGAUUGACUGGCUUAUGGAGCCAGCCUCAAGUGGCCAUUCAAGGAACUGCAGUUUUUAGCACUUCACCCCAUUCACCCCCAGAGGUCAGACAACCUAAAAAUGAUCUCAGUGGGUCCAAACCUCCCAUGAGCUGCCACAUAAAUCCAGAGCAUGUCCUGUCAUGCUCAAAUUACUCUUUCAUAGAGGCUGUUACGCUUUUAAAUGUUUUUCAUUUUUUAAAACAAAAUACUGUUCUUUUACCUCUUCGGGGAUCUAAAAACCUUUCAAAUGAAAAAAUUCAGGGAGGCAAAAAUCACUCCUUCACUCCUUCACACAAUCACCAUGUCCAUACUGAGGCUAUAACCUAUGACAAAGGGUCAGAAGUGGAGAGGGCUCCAUUUUACACGGUCAUGUGCCAAAAUGGUUGGGAAGAACAGGCCUAAAUGUGUCCAGACUGCAUGUCAUAGUUGUAUUGCAAAGAAGAGAAGAGCUCACAAUUGACUGCUGUUCAUUUGUUUCACAAGAUCUGUGUUCCCUCUCAGCUGAUACUUGAGUUUUCAUCUACUAUUUCACAUUGAUAAAUUAAUAAUAUAUUGCCAUCCAUCCAUUUUUUCCUAAGAAAUGUGGUAAACAUAAGCAAGCUUACAGCAGAUGUCAUUUGAUGCCCGUCUUCUAUUUUUUUUAUUAAACAGAAUCUCCUGACCAGGCAGCUGAUAAAGUCCAUGUUCGGAGGCUAUUUGUAAGGUGCAACAUAAGUUUCAAUUCUUUUAUAUGCUGGUUGAUUAAAAUUAAUAUCAUUUUUGAUUUGUAAAUAUAUUAAUAUCAAAGCAAUAAUGUGCAAAAAGAGAAAAUGAGUGAGAUAGUGAUAAAACAGUUUGGCUCGUACGGCAUGCUUCCGCUCUCAUCAGCACCAUUUUCACCGGCAGCUGGCAGCUGUGUUUCUGUGUAUCAUUACUGCAGAAGGUCAUUAAACAGCUCUGGCCACAAUUUUGUGGCUAGUGCAGACAAAGCCAACAGGUUCACUUUCAUGUCUCUCAUCAAACCUGAAAAAGCUUCACGGCAGAACAAUUACCAGACAGCAGGUGAACAAACUGAUAUCCAGAUAUUUCCCUCAGGAGUGAAUGCUGGAAUUACAUUCGUCUGAUGGACAGAAACACGUCUCCAAACGAAUAUAAUGUUGUUCUGUGUUUUCCUGUUGUGUAAGUAAGCAGCUGUUAUUUAACAUGUUGAUCAUCACACAUUAAUUGUGAGAUGUGUGUGGCUUUCCUUCUUGAUGUGGACUUCAUCUACCCCCAAAGGAGCCAAAAAAUAUUUUUUUAAAUCAAUAAAUGGAGCUUUGAAUAAUCA